GCUUUUUACCAGCAACUGUGUCAGUUGUCCUGUAAGCCAGCCUGCUAGCAGCAACAAAUGGUGACUCCGACGUGAUAGAAUUCUGUGAAUUUGAUACCAUGGACAGAGGAAGAAAUAGCAGGGACCGCCGCUGCCGGUGUCCUCCGUUCGGGUGAGGAACCGGGACGCCCAACUGAGGCGGGGGGAGCUCCCACUGAAAGGUGAGCGGCGGGGAAUAUCUCUCAUAAUGGGAACGGCAGCAUCAGCAGAUGAGCAGGCCGUGUUUAAGGUCUUAAGCAAUCUGCUUAAUAACCAGGGAGAAAAAUUUUCCCCAGAAGCUCUUCAAAAAUUGCUUCGGUGGGGAAAGCGACGGGGUGUCCUGGUUAAUGCAAAGAAUGUGUUUGACUCCUCGGUGUGGAAAACAGUGGGGGAAGACCUGUGGGACUUUGUGGGGGUCGGAAAUAAAGAAGCGGCUGCCUUGAGCCCAAUCUGGCGGACUGUUCAUCGAGCCGUUACCACCGCAGCGGCUCAGGCAGGGGCGCGUAUUGCCUUACGCGAGGCAUUAGAAUCAUCAGCGAAAGGGGCCUUCACGGUAGGAGCGAAAGACUUUUUUGGUAAAACAACGCCUAUGAUUCCUUUGGCGCGGUUGGACCCCAGUGAGGUACCGUUGCCCUUGAAGGAUGACGACUCAGAUCGGGGCGAACCGAUGGCCGUGGAUCAGCCUGUGUCGGGGGAAUUGUCAUCGGGCAAUCCAGAGAACCCGUUACAAGGGGGGUCAGGAUUGCCGCCCGCGGUUGUGCCAUCAGCCCCUCCCCGACACGUUCGGAUUAUUGACUUGCCUAAAACUGGAGAGUUUGAUAACUUGACGCAGGACCAGAUAAUUCGGUGGUUAUAUAAGGAAGGUAUUGCAGCUGAACAGAUGAUGGAUGAGCUGGAUAGAAAGGAAAACAGACCGCAAGGAUCUUCACGAUCGCAUUUGCUGCAACAGCUUCAAGAGCACGGCAUACCUGACCCCUCACGUUUGCCCCAUAUUUGUAGGUUGUGUGGGUAUUAUGGUUGUACGGAGCACCUCACUCCCGAGGGAGAGUUGCGACCGACAGCAGAGGAAGAAUAUCGCAAAAUUUAUGCCCCCGCUACGCAACCGGUUCAACCAAAAGUGAAACCUCUGCCACCUACGUGUUCUUCAAUUGGACGAGGGCAAGAAGAACGGGGGACGGGGGUGAUUUGGAGGGAUGGGGGGGGAGGAGCGGGAUCUCCUGACCCAAUUAAGCGCUGGCAUGGAUUGAUAAAAGAUGCUAUAAUUGAAGGGGAAUUUUUGGAUGCCAUGCCGGCUACUUUCCCGGUAUCGGUAUCAAGGGAGGGGGUUAAAUCUUGGGUGCCGUUAGACUGGAAAUUGAUGAGGGAGGCUCAGAAAGCUAUUGUGGCGUACGGCUUGAAAAAUCCGUAUGUACAAGCGUUAUUAGAACAAAUAUUCUCGGGGCAAGCGAUGUGUCCCUUUGACGCCCAGAAAUUUGCAGAUAUGUUGUUAACACCCACACAGAGAUUAUUAUGGAAGGAUUCAUGGAGAAAGAAGGCUGAGCACGCGGCAGUGCUUAAUUUAGAUAGACCCCAGGACGACCCUCUCCAUGUAGCAAGUAUAGACAUGUUGUUGGGACAGGGGCGAUUUGAAGAGCCUCAGCUACAGGCGCGAUUGGUACCCCAAAUAUUACAACAGUCUCAGCUUCUAGCAUUGAAGGCAUUCAAAGAGCUCCCUGAUUUGGGCACCCCGUCACCUCCCUAUUUGAAAGUCACGCAGGGAGUGGGCGAAUCUUUUGCCCUCUUUUUGGACCGCCUAAGGACGGCAUUGGAUAGGGCCCCUAAUUUAACACCAGACGCCAGAUCAGCAUUGGGGGUAGAUUUAGCCCUUCAAAAUGCUAACCCCACGUGUAAGAAGAUUUUGGUGACUUUACUAAAAUCGGCCUCCCUAGUCGACAUGAUUGAAGCCUGCACUCGUGCUCCCUUGGUGGAGGAGGAGGAUAAGGCAAAGAUUCAUGCACACGCCUUGGCGUUAGCCUUGAAUACCUCCAAGUUGAAUUGGCGUAGAGGAAGGGAGGGGGCGUGUUAUUAGUGUGGAAAGAUGGGUCAUUUAAAACGGGAUUGCCCCAAGAAAAGAGGUCAGACUAAAGCCCCUUUUUUGUAUUUGGGACUUCGGAUCACCGACUGCACCGUACACCCCCAGCAGUUGAAAAUCUCUCCUCAUGUGCGCACACUGUAUGAUGCACAGAAACUGCUAGGUGAACUGCAAUGGCUUCGCCCCCUUUGUGGCAUCACAAAUCAGGAUAUAACUCCUCUUCUUCCUUUAUUAGAAGGAGGGAGAGCCCCUGGAGAACAAGGUCCCGCGCUUGGAGGGGAAGCAUCAGAGGAGGUUGUGCUUGUGGCCAUAUCCUGUUUAUUUCCAGAGUGAGGAUAUGGGUUAUCGAUAUUGUUAUAGUGUUAUUGCUUGGGUUACAGGGGGGACUCCUUGUACCCCUACGCGUGCGAAUGACGUAUAACCUAUGGGAACGUCUAGCAUUGAUAGCCAAUGUCACACACUUUUGUUUGUCUGAUUCUGUGGCAGCCGGGGAACUACUGGGCACUUGUCUUGUGACCAUAUGUCAUCAUCCCGAAGAAAUUGGCAGUCACACCAUGCUUGCAGCUUAUGCCAAUUUGUCUUCACAGUAUUCGAAUAUGGCAAAUUGGGGCCCCGCCAAUUACUCCUUGCCCCCUGGGGCCCUAUCUUUACAUACCCCGUACCCAGCCGGGGCAGAUAAUGUAACGUGUGCGCGAGUGGUUAAUUGCACACGCGCAAAAGUACCCAUGGGCUGCCAAACCAUAAGUGCCCCCCUUUUGAAUUGUACUAAUGCGGUUAAUGUUUCUUUUAAUUAUGGACAUAUUAUUUUGCCGUCUGGUUGGUUUUUUACCUGCGGCGAACAAACCUUUAGUUAUAUUCCUGCCAAUCUAAGUCAUAAUACCUUGUGUUGUCUUAGCCGAAUGACCCUUUUGUUGCCCGGAAAGAAUCAGCAGCGAAAUCGGCGAAGCACAGCCCUGCAAAAUACGUGUUCCGCUGAUGUUACCUUAUAUAGUAACUCAGAAUAUUUGGCUUUGCUGAAUGCUGUUGCAGGCAUUCCUGGCUUUGCAACUUAUUAUAUGGUGCAAACUUUGAAUGCAUUUGCUUGUUUUGCUGUUAAAGCGCUUAAUGCUACAUCACAGGCAAAUGCUCUUUUAAGUAUGGAACAACAGGAAUUAAGAGAUGCCAUUUUAGAUAAUCGAGCUGCGAUUGAUUUUCUAUUGCUUAAGCAUCCCUGGUGUUGCUAUUAUGGAAAAUGCUUUUAAUUUAGAGAAAUUAGUGUGUUGGAGUAUUAAACAGUUUAAUCUAAUUUUUGAAAUAUUAACUGAGUUAUUAAUCGAUGUAGAUAGCAUUUGCCAUGCAGUUUUAUAUAAUAGUGCUGCGAGUGAAUUUUUGUUAUUAGCACAUGGACACGGAUGUGAAGAUUUUGAGGGUAUGUAUUGUGUUAAUUUGUCAGAUCAUUCUCACUCUGUUCAUGAGUUACUUGCAAAAUUAGAACAAAAUAUGAAUAACAUCAUUAUAGCACACUCUUUUAUUAAUUGGUAUCUGUAUUGGUAUAAUUUGUUUGUGUGGUCCAUAUAUAGUUCAAUGUAUGCAUUGGGGAAUGUCACGGAUGAUUCAAGCUGCUUUUUAACAAAAAGGGGGAGAUGUGGGAAAUGCUGAGUAUCAGAUGUUUUAGAAAUGUGUGCCAAGUAAUGGAAAAUAACAGUACAAGAGGCGGGGCUGCGGGUGGCAAGUUGAAGGACAAGGCCAGAAGAUUUUGGCUGGACUGAGGACUAAACUUUGGCUGAACUAAGGACUAAUGAGAUAAGCAGCACCUGAGAGUCUUUACCACCACAAGAUAAUGGAACCCAAAGAUAAGUAUGAUGAGAACAUUGGGUAAUAAACAACAGAAAAGGAAUAAACAAGUGCUGUAUAUAUAUGGCUGUGGGAAGGGAAAUAAAGUGCUUUUUACCAGCAACUGUGUCAGUUGUCCUGUAAGCCAGCCUGCUAGCAGCAACA